ACGACAUCUGUGAUAUGAGAAACGCCCAAAAGCAUCACGUCCAUCUCCAUCUUCGGUCCUCUAACAACACCUCUCUGGGAAACCCAACUCCUGGCACAAUCCGGCUUCCCGCACAUCGUCCAGCUAUGGGACGAGAUCCCUUCACGCCUACACGGCAAUCUGCUUGUUCGCUAUUAUUCGGUAUACCUGCUAACCCAACAUAAGACGAGCUUCCAUGUGGUCGUAGCCCUCACCAACGACUCGCGAUAUGGCGAGUAAUGGCCUCGAAAAUGGGGACGCCGUUCCGUUUCCCACAUCGUUCCCCCUGAGCGAGUCCGGGGAUUCGUCUGCCUCGUCCGCCAUCGUUGGUAAGGAUUCAAGGGAGGAGUUGCGUGGAUUGCCACAGCUGAAUUACAGGUUGCUGGAGCACAAGACGAAGCUUUUCCUCGUUGGCGGCCUCCUGGUUCUCGAGGGGAGCAUACUGCCGAUCGUCUUGUUCUACCCCCUGUGGUUCAACACAACUCUGAGGCAUGGCAUCAUUUUCGCCAUCAUUACAUCCUUCUUUGGUAUCGUCUCCGGUCUGGAGUUCGCUCACCGUUCGUGGCGGCUGGUCCAGAAAGACGACGUAUACCGGCCAAUAGACGGGAGGCGCUGGCGCCUUGACUUCACGCACGUCACACUAUCUGUCGGCUACACCGUUAUGACGGGCAUCUUGAUCGGUGCGUCUAUACCGCACGAGCCGUUAGUCCGCCCGCUCGCCAUGCCUCUGCCGCUGUUCCUCAUCGAAGUGGGCUUCCUCGCUCUCACCACCGGCUGGAUGGAAGCCAGAAACAUGCUCGCCACCUGCAAGGUCAGCUCCACUCCCAGGGGAGCGCCUAUACCGCCCGUGCUAUUGACGUUCAUAGAGGAUGUUGUUGCUGUCGACGGCGGCGCGGGAAAGACCUAUAGGAGGAGGGUCCUGGGGAGAUAUAAGGCUAGUACCAGGUUUAGGGUUCUGAUCAAGAGGCUCAACUGGUUCUGGGGGCUGGGGUGUAUGCUUACGGGUGUUAGCACCAUGGUGGUGGUGUGGACCGUGCCGCAAGAGAUCGCUUACGGCAUAGGCUGGGGAGCGCCGCUCGGCUAUACCGCGAUUUGGACGUUGAUAACAAUACUGUGGGCGCGUAGAAGCCUGAGAAUCGAAAAGAAACAUUGGCAGGCCGAAAAGCGACGCCAUGAGGGCUCACCAGGUAACGGAAACUCAUCAAGCUCAUAGAGAUGGGUCAAUGUCGAAUAUGAUUCGAAUAGCCUAGUAACAUUAACAAAGCAUACUGCCCAGGUGUUAUAUCACUUCCGAGGCCGAGAAUGAAGUAAUUGGUGCCAAUGAUAGGAGUUCAGGAAUAUGUACAUAAACAUUAUUAUCUAGUGGUUUCUGUAAGGUAUCGCUCUAAGCAAGCCAGGCAGGCUGUCUAUGAUCCCUUAAGGAGCUGCAUGGCUCCUCCCGGUAUAAAAAUGGGUAAAUCCGGUUCUCUAAAAACUCCAGUGCCAUGCCAUGCCAUAAAAUGUCACCAGAUACGCGCCGCCCAAAGACCCGGUCGUCUAUUUCCCAAUGCGUGUCGUGAAGGAGUCGUUAUAGAAGGAAGGAGGAAGAAGAAAGCCGUAUUUCGACUCUCUCGCCCUCGCCUAGCAGGUGUAAGAGAGGUAGAAGCCAUUCUGGCGGUCCUGCUGGAGGGAGACGCUGCCGUCGCCGUUGGCGGUGUCGAGCCAGAGGCGGAAGUAGAGGUCGGGGGCGCAGCCGGCGGCGACGGGGCCGACGGUGUGGUUCCAGGCGGCGGGAUCGCGGUCCCAGAAGGUGAAGUCGGCGUGGGCGACCUUGGCGGCGGGGUCGAC